CACUCGCAGCAGGCUGCUGGAAGUGCGUAUGAGAUGAAUGGCUCCUCAGAGAGAAGCGGGGCUUUGUCUGUGAGAAAAGUGACAGCCCGAAACAGUUUUUCCGUGAAUGUUCUCGGCUCUGUGAUCGAUUUAUCCGUUUCAUUUUUGCCGGAAGGACCUCUAACGAGCGCGAGGUUCGGGCAGAAGUUUUCUCGGAGAUGUGGACUUUAAGAAGGACUUCAUGAGGGGAGUCUUAUGGAGCUGCACCGUGGAUCUGAGGUGGGAAACACGGCAGGGAAACUUUGUCCUCCGCGCACGGACACGGCGGCGGUUUGGUGAAACGCGGAUUUUGCGCAGCCAGAUUCAAGAUGCGGUGGAGCUCGUGCGGUUCUGACCGCGGGGGGGACCCGGGAAGACGUCACAAGUCCAGUAAGGUCCGUUUACUGGUCAUCCUGGCUCUGGUCCUGCCGUCCUGCCUCUCCUGUCCGGACAAGUGCUUGUGCUCCUCACAGACUGUGAAAUGCCAAAACCAGGACUUGGACUCGAUUCCACAUUCCAUACCGGCCAAUACCAGAUUCCUGUUCAUCACUGGAAACAACGUUUCCCAAGUCAGUGAGGCCUCUUUCCCAGUCCGCCUGGACCUCCUAACAGAACUUUAUCUCAGUGGGAAUCGGAUGGAGCGUGUGGAUGCGAAGGCUUUUAAAAACUUGCCAAACCUCACCCGGCUGGACCUGAGCAACAACAGGUUCCAGACUUUUAGCGGGGCAGCGUUCCCUGAUGGCGGCAGGCUGCAGGUCCUGAACCUCAGCGCGUCUCUGAACAAUCGUAACUUCACAGACGAGCUGCUUUCUGUCCUCAGCGGUGCUAAUCUCUCCCCGCUCAGAAGUUUGGAUUUGUCCAACAACGAUGUGGUGAGUCUGCCAGACGGCAUCUUCACCGGCUUGACCAACUUGGCCCACCUCAACCUGCGGAACAGCUCCCUCCUCGCCUUCCAGAACCAGACCCUGCCCUCGCUGCAGGACCUGGACCUGAGGGACAACAGCCUGAAGGAUCUUCCCACGGCCACGCUGGCAGAGUUCAGCCUCGUACCUGGCCUCCGCGUCCAGCUGGCGGGGAACCCCUGGCGCUGCACCUGCUUCAUCGAGGACCUCCUGGCGUGGCUGAAAAACUCCACCCAGGUGUCGGACGUACGGGAGCUGACCUGCAUGGACCCGGAGCUCCUGAGAGGCCGACCCCUCCUGCAGGUGGAGCUGUCCCAGCUGAAGUGUCUGGAUGACAUGGACGCCGUGCUGGAGACGUCUUACGUAUUCCUGGGACUGGUGCUGGCCCUGAUCGGCGUCAUCUUCCUGCUGGUGCUCUACCUGAACAGGAAAGGCAUCAAGAGGUGGAUGUACAACAUCCGGGACGCUUGUAGGGACCACAUGGAGGGGUAUCAGUACCGGUACGAGAUCAACUCUGACCCACGGUUGGCCAACCUGAGCAUCAACUCUGACGUGUGAGGGGAACACGAGGCUCCGUCUUUAGAUAUCUAAGGACUUCUGCUCUUAAGAUUUGCAUGAACGUCUUCCCAUUUCCCUGCCACCCCUUUAAUCAAAUGUUGCAUCUCUCAAGACUUCUUCGGCUCCUUUUCACCACUUCCCUCGGCCGCAUGUCCCGCACAAAUACCAGGCAGCCAACUGUUUGCAUGGGCAACGAAUGACG